AUGUAUUAUGCAAUGAGGACUAUCAAAGAUCCUACCGCUGUGGUUUCAGCUGCAAAGAUCGAGCAUAGGAGGUAUCCAUGUGUUGCCAUAACCAGAGGUGCAACUGUUGAGAUCUACAAUCUGGGCAUGAAGCUAGUGGAUGUCAUACACCCCAAUGGAUAUGUGACACUCAUCGUUCCUGUGCCAUUCAGAAAUGCUAAGAGAUUCCUGAUGGUCUGCAGUGAAGGUGAGUAUGUUAUCAUGAGUGAGAACAGGCCCGUUGUAUGGGGAAAGAUGCCCACCGCCUCGCUCUACACCAGAUGCGUCAGGUCCUCGAGGACCCUCGUAUUUAUCGCUGAAAAUAGCACUAUUGCAGUAGCGAGCCUGAAUCAUGAUGGACUAGUCUUUGGAGAUGACAUAAAUGAUUUUGGGUACUACAGGAUCCUUGAUUGCUUUUCGAGCAAGGGAGAUGUUGCCUUUUUACUGGAGGACAUUUCUGGAGACGUCUUCUACUCUAGAUACCUGGUAGCAUCUGGUAAGCCCAGGAUGGUUCUAAAGGAAAAAGCUCUCCUUAGAAGGGGACUGGUGUCUGCAAGGCCCAUGGGGGACGGACUAUUUCUCAUAGGAGGGGGAAAGCUGUACUACUAUGCCAAAGGCAGGUUCAUACUCGAGAGCGAAUUUGCAAACCCUGGAGUUAAGAACAGCUUACUAACGGACAGAGGCGUUUUGCUUUCGAUGGAGGAUGGUGAGCUUAUACGGGUGUCCCUGGAGAGGAGUGUUUCUGCAGAUCCCAAGGCCCAGAAGGGGGAGGAUGUUCCCUGUGAAGAGCUGUCUCUCAAGAUCGAGGUCCUGGGCAACCUUGGGUCUUGGCUCACUGUGCUGCUCCACCUCGAAGAUGAGUUGUAUUAUGGAGGGUCAUUUUCCGGUGAUUCCUACUACUUGAAGAUAGAGAAGGAGCUGAAGAUUCUGCGAACCUUUGAAAACAAUCCACAUCCUAGAUCCCUAUCGUAUUUUGGCGCCUCUUUCAAGUAUAUUGCAAGAAAUGCUAUCAAGAAAAUUACAUAUGCAAUCGAUCUUUUAGCAGAGUCCAGAUACAACCUUCCAAGGGCCGUACGAAGGUUCGGGAUGGCCGGCAGCAUUCUUAUUGUGUCAUAUCCAGACGAGGGAAAGGUGUUUACAGGAGCGAUGGACGAUGAAAGGUGCUUUGAUGAAAUCAUGAACAUCCACAUCGACAAUCACUGCUACUUCAAUACCAAAAACCAUGUGUUUUGCCUCAGAGACGGAGAUGUCUUAAACUUAGAGAUAGGGGGCAUUGUGCUGUCCUCCUACGACAAGGACCUGUGCAUUGUAUUUACUAGAGACAGGCUUCUCAAAGCAAUAUGCCUGGAAACAAUGGCAUGUGUCAGAUCCUUAGAAUGUCCCUACGAGGUAAGUCUUCUUCACCUCAGUAGCCAUCUGUUUAUAUCAACGUACUACGAUGAGUUCAUCAUUAUGGACCGGUUUCUACGGGUCAUGCACAAGAGAAGGCAGAAAACCUUGAAGUCGGCAUCUGUUGUGGACAACAGGCUUUUUUUUAGUGGCAUGGAUGGAGUGGGGUAUGAAGCUGUCUAUGAGGGAGAGUCGGAAAUGGGCGUCGAGAGCAUCAUGUCUGUGCUAGAGGAGAUUGCGAAGGAGGAUAGAUGGAAGCUGCUUGUCCUUAGGCCCUCAUUCUCUUCUGAUUGCAUGAUUGAGGCCAUGGUCCCUGUUGGAAGGUACAUCAUGGGAAUUGGGAGGUCUACCAUAUUUGUGGACCUCCAGGACUUCACAUGCCACAGAUGCUCUUUGGAGGGCAUAUCCCAUGCUUUUGUUACAGACCAGCUGUAUGUUUCUGUAGGGAAGUCGAUCCACAGAUGCCACUUUGGGUCUAUCUCUAAGGUCAAGAUCUCCACAGAGGAUAGACUGCAGGAGGCAAGCUCCAGGAAUGAAUAUGUGCUGAAGUUUUCUAUCGCGAGUCACGGACGGGAGAUUACUGGAUUGGUCAAUCCGAUCCUUAGCGUUGACGAUGACGCUGUUGUGAACUCGUAUCUCACGCUAAAGGUGAGGAGAUAUGUAUACAACUUCUUUCUCCAGGAUGAAAUGGUGAUGGAUGCAAGAUUCCUAACAAAACACUACUUUGUUGUUGUGAGCAAUCUUUCCAAGGAGAGCAGUUUCUCAACGCUCGCCAUGUUCUCUACAAGAGGCAACUGCAUCAAGCUAGUGUACGAAGUCACAGGCAAGGGCAUUGCAUAUGCGCUGGAUUCUUCCGGAGACUAUCUAGUGACACACAGAGGUCCGAGCAUAUAUGUAUAUAAAAGACAAGCACAAGUCCUCGUGGAGCUGUGUGCGAUGAAGAUAGAUUUCAUUCCAUACAGAAUAGUAAUGCAUGGAGAUAAGAUUGCUUGUUCCUGCAUUUAUAGGUCCUUUGGGGUCUUUACAUUUAAUCAAGAAACCAACCACUUGUCCUUGGCCUUUCUCUCCAGAAGCAGAGAGCAGGUAGAGUCCAUGGUAUUCGCCCUGGGAAGGCUUAUUGUUUCCACCACGGACAGGAAGAUUCUGCUCUUAGAUGAGAAUUAUAGCAUCGAGAUUUUUUUUCCUGGGGAUGAGGUGACAAGUAUGUGUCCGGGCUCUCUGUCACUGUGCCGAUCAGAUUCCGUCUAUUUCACAACAAGAAACGGCAGCCUUGGGAUACUAACACGCCUUGACCUCAGCAGUGGAGACACCGACCUCCUGCUAGAGCUAGAAAAACGCGCUGGAGAGCUGGUUCCAUUUCCCAGAAACAGGGCAUGCAAGGUCAUAAACAUCGAUACGAUAAACAACAUGAGCGACAGCGAUUUGGAGGAUUUUAUUGCUACUUCGAAGUAUGAUAGAAAUAGACUGAUUGCGAUACUGAACAAGGUCAACGACCUGCACUAG